UUUUCAGAUAAGCAACAGGAAUUAGAUAUCCCUACAUUAAAAGUUGAUCAAGUUCAAGCGUUGCCAGAUCCUGUUGAAUCUACUCGACCAAUGUCCCAGAUUUCUGGGGUCCGUAAACUCAAACACGCUAACAGUUUCACUGGAAUCGUGCCCCGCUACGGAGUGGAGACCCCACAUCCUAACGAACUGGCUAAGUAUUUGGGAGAUAUUGAUAAAUGGGGUGUUGAUAUGUUUAAAAUUGCCAACUACUCCAACAACAAACCUCUCACCGCUAUAGUCUACACCAUAUUUCAGGAACGAGAUUUGUUAAAGACGUUUAAAAUCCCAGCUCCCACUCUGAUUACAUACAUGAUGCACCUUGAGGAGCACUACCAUCACGAUGUACCGUAUCAUAAUUCGAUCCACGCUGCAGACGUCACUCAAUCUACUCAUGUUCUACUCUCAGUUCCUGCUCUCGACGUAAGUUUUGAUUUACCAUAUUUUAAUGUUUUUACUGAUUUAGAAAUUUUGGCGGCAAUAUUUGCGUCUGCUAUACAUGAUGUUGAUCAUCCUGGUUUAACCAAUCAGUAUCUUGUAGCUUCAGGUUCUGAAUUAGCGUUGAUGUAUAACGACGAAUCUGUGUUAGAAAAUCAUCAUUUAGCAGUGGCAUUUAAACUUUUACAAGAAGAAAAUUGUGAUAUUUUUGCAAAUUUGGGUAAAAAACAGCGACAGACAUUAAGAAAGAUGGUAAUUGAUAUGGUGUUAGCAACAGAUAUGUCGAAACACAUGACGUUACUUGCCGAUUUAAAGACGAUGGUAGAGACAAAGAAAGUUGCUGGUUCAGGUGUUUUAUUGUUAGAUAACUAUACAGAUAGAAUACAGGUUUUACAAAAUAUGGUACAUUGUUCAGAUUUGAGUAACCCCACAAAACCAUUAGAAUUAUAUAAAAUAUGGGUGGACAGGAUUAUGAACGAGUUUUUUGAACAGGGUGAUGCAGAACGUACUCGUGGGUUAGAUAUUAGUCCUAUGUGUGACAGACAAACGGCUACAAUUGAAAAAUCUCAGGUUGGUUUUAUAGACUAUAUUGUUCACCCGUUAUGGGAGACGUGGGCCGACUUAGUUUACCCUGAUGCUCAAGACAUACUCGAUACAUUAGAGGACAAUCGUGAUUGGUAUCAAAGUAUGAUCCCCGUCAGUCCCUCGUCAAGUUUCUGUCGGAGUAGCGGAGAAAUCGGAGAGGACAAAGAAGAAGAAACGAAAUUUCAGUUCCCCAUGGAAGAUGAGAAAGAGGGAGAUUCUGGUGACUCAUUAGUGAUUCGCGUAACGGAUAGUCAAAAGUCGGGACAGGAAUCGAAAGGUUCAAAAGAUAAUCGGCAUUUGGAUAAGAAAUGA